AUGUUCAAAAAGCUUGAAAUCAACAUUCCGUUCUUGGAGGCACUUGAGAAAAUGCCCUCUUAUGCUAAAUUCAUGAAGGAUAUUAUCUUAAAAAGGAGGAGCACUGACACUGACUCUAUUGUACUAAUCGAAACUUGUAGUGCUAUUUUGCAGGGUAUGAAGAUUUCGGUAAAGAAAAAAGGUCGAGGUUCGGUAACUAUCCCUUGCACUAUCGGGGAUAGAUCUUUCAAGAAGGCCCUUAUAGACUUGGGGGCAAGUGUGAACCUCAUGCCGUUAUCCAUCUACAAGAGGUUGGGGAUUGGAAAAGUACAGGAUACCAGAAUGACACUUCAAUUUACUGACCACUUUGUGAAGAGACCUUAUGGAGUGGUGGAAUAUGUUCUUGUGAAGAUUGAUAAGUUUGUGUUUCCGGUAGACUUUGUGAUCUUAGAAAUGCCGGAAGAUGAAGAGAUAUCGCUCAUUCUUGGUAGACCAUUUUUGGAGACCGGGAGGUGUUUGAUAGAUAUAGAAGAAGGCACCAUGACUCUAAAAGUUUAUGACGAAGAAAAGGUGCCAACAAACCAAUCUGAUUCUCAACUGGGAGAAGUGUCACUUCAUGGUGCGAGAAGGAAUAGUCUUAGGUCACAAAAUCUCUCACAAAGGGAUAGAAGUGGACCAAGCCAAGAUUGA